UUUACCAACCGGAACUUGUCCUAGAGCAGCUUUGGGUUUUACUUUACAGUAGGGUAGAUCAUUUCCUAAAUGCUACAUAAACUCUGAAAACGUCAGGACACAAUAGCAACAAUUCAUGCUCAUAAUGAGUGAGGAACACUAUCUAGAACUGUGUGAAAACCCUGUGCAAUUUGAAAAUGCCUCGAGCGUCAACAAUGUGUUUUUCGACGAAGCAAACAAACAGGUGUUUGCAGUGCGUUCAGGAGGUGCCACAGGGGUUGUGGUUAAAGGGCCAGACGACAAAAGCUCAGUUGCCUUCAGAAUGGAUGACAAAGGAGAAGUGAAGUGCAUUAAGUUUUCCAUUGGGAAUAAGAUUUUGGCAGUCCAGAGAACUCCCAAGUCUGUGGAUUUUAUAAAUUUUAUGCCAGAUUUUCCUCAUUUGGAAUUUUCCCAGGAAUGUAAGACGAAGAAUGCUAGUGUUUUGGGCUUCUGUUGGACCAACUGGAAUGAAAUUGUUUUCAUCACUGACCAGGGAAUUGAGUUCUACCAGGUGCUUCCUGACAAGCGCAGCCUGAAGCUGCUGAAGAGCCAGAGUAUCAAUGUGAACUGGUACAUGUACUGUCCUGAGACGGCUGUAAUCCUGCUCUCCACCACGGUGCAAGGCAAUGUGCUGCAGCCGUUUGCUUUUAAAAGUGGGACCAUGUCUAAAAUGUCGAAGUUUGAGAUCGAGCUCCCAGUGGUUCCCAAACCUGCCAAGCUCAGUCUAUCAGAGAGAGACAUUGCUGUGGCCACCAUUUACGGCCAGCUGUAUGUGAUGUAUCUGAAACAUCACUCCAGAACUACCAACAGCCCUUGUGCAGAGGUGGUUCUCUAUCACCUACCCAGGGAGGGAUCCUGUAAGAAGACCAAUGUAUUAAAACUCAAUACCACGGGCAAGUUUGCCCUGAACGUGGUAGAUAACUUGGUGGUGGUCCAUCAUCAAAGCUCUCAGACCUCCAUUAUAUUUGACAUCAAGUUGCGGGAGCCAGACUGUGCCCUGAAUGUCCACCAGCCAGUGCUGCCUGCUCGUUCCAUCCACCCGUACAGAAUCCCCCUCACAGGUCCAGCUGCCGUCCCCACCCAGCCCCCUGUGCCCUGUGAGCUCUACUCCUCAUCUUGGAGCGUCUUUCAACCGGACAUAAUCAUCAGUGCAAGCGAAGGGUAUCUGUGGUAUCUGCAGGUGAGGCUCCCCCCGGCUGUCAACCUCCUGCCAGACAAGGGAAAGCUGAUGGACUUCCUUCUGCGGAGACGAGACUGCAAGAUGGUCAUCCUGUCUGUGUGUUCCCAAAUGCUCAACGGGGGGGGUAAGGUGAACUUGCCUGUGGUUGCCACAGUCUUCGACAAACUCAACCAGGUCUACAAAGAGUAUCUUGAGGCGGAGCAGACCUACACAUUGGCUAUGGAGUCUGGUCCCAGUCGAGGCAGCGCACCUCGGGAGAGGCCCGUCCGGACACAGGCGGUUAUCGACCAGUCAGACAUGUACACCCAUGUUCUGUCCACCUUCACGGAGAAUAAGGACAUGUCUCACAGAUGUAUGAUCGCAGUGCUGAUGGAGUACAUACGCUCCCUCAACCAGUUCCAGAUCACUGUGCAGCAUUAUCUGUAUGAGCUGGUCAUUAAGACGCUGGUUCAACACAACCUGUUCUACAUGCUCCACCAGUUCCUACAAUAUCAUGUUCUUAGUGACUCCAAACCCCUGGCCUGUUUGUUGCUGUCUCUAGAAAGCACAUACCCCCCUGCUCACCAGCUGUCCCUGGACAUGUUAAAGAGGUUGUCCACGGCCAACGAUGAGAUUGUGGAGGUGCUGCUGUCCAAGCAGCAGGUGCUGGGUGCUCUGCGCUUCAUCCGUAGUGUGGGUGGCCACGACAACAUUUCUGCUCGCAAGUUCCUGGACGCCGCGCGUCAGACGGCUGACCAGAUGCUCUUCUACACCAUCUUCAGGUUCUUUGAGCAGAGAAACCUUCGUCUGCGGGGCAGCCCCGGCUUCAACCCAGGUGAGCACUGUGAGGAACACAUUGUAUACUUCAAGCAAGUUUUUGGGGAGCAAGCACUCAUGAAGCCAGCUACAGUUUGAGUUGUCACAUAUUUCAUGUUUUCCUCAAGCCCAAUAACUUAUUGUAAAUAAUUGUUGAAAACAUCCUAAUAAAAUAAUUUGUACAUAUUCUA